CCGUACUAUGUAUUAUGGUAGACUACUGCCACACCGUUAUAGUGUUGUGUUUAGUACACACUGUUUAGUACAGUAGUAUAUGUUUGCUAUGGAGCCAUGAUGUUGCGUGUUCAGAUAUAUGAAUACUUUAGUUUGUUGUUGUAAAGGUUUUUUUUUUUUUUUUUUAAUAUAUAUAUAUAUAACAACACAUGAUUUAUUUCUCUGUUUUGCUGUCGACAAAGGCAAGUUAAAUGCAAGCAACGGGCAAACAGGUUCCUGAUGAUCUUAGCUGAUAUUCCAUCCAGGUCAAGUCUCUGAUUGUUUAUAAUUAAAACCCAGUUUCCCCUGUGUGCGAAUCAUCCUACAGAUACCUUACUGAAAUAAUUCCUAGCACACUUAUCUUAUAACCAUGAAACUGAAAGAACUGGAGAGUUGCCUUCAGCAAGUGGACGGGUUUAAUAAACCGAAGAUCCUCCUUGAACAAUAUCCCACUGGGCCACAUAUAGCAGCUUGCAUGCUCUACACCAUGCACAACACAUUUGGUGACAUUAAGAACAAAGUGGUUGCUGAUCUGGGUUGUGGAUGUGGAGUGCUCAGUAUAGGAGCCGCUGUCUUGGAUGCAGGACUGUGUGUAGGAUUUGAUAUUGACAGUGAUGCACUAGACAUCUUUAAAGGAAACGUAGAGGAAUUUGAGCUGCCAAACAUUGACAUGGUCCAGUGUGAUGUCUGCUCUGUUGAAUCAUUAUACACAAAUAAAUUUGACACCGUGAUCAUGAAUCCUCCGUUUGGUACAAAACACAAUCAAGGCAUAGAUAUGCAGUUUCUCAAGACAGCCCUUUCUAUGUCAAGGGGAGCAGUUUACUCACUUCAUAAAACUUCUACUCGACAUCAUAUACAGAAGAAAGCGAGUGACUGGAAUGUGAAAAUGGAGGUUAUCGCAGAACUUCGGUAUGAUCUCCAAGCAUCUUACAAGUUUCAUAAAAAGAAAUCGGUUGAUAUCCAGGUGGACUUCAUUCGAUUCACCCCAAUGUAAAAAAUUUAGCUGAAAUAAUUUUUUAAUAACUUUCCUUUGACACUUUUUCUAAAGCGGAUUUUAAAAUGUUGCACAUUUGCCUUAGUAUUUCUUAAUACGCGAUACUUUCUGACUAUCUACAGAAGAUCUCAUAAAAACAGUUAUUUGUAGUUCCAGUGGUUUCCCACUAGAUGGCACUGUUGGAAUUGACGUUCCUUGCUUAUCUUGCCUGGUACUCAUUUUUUUGCCGAUUUUUUUUUCAAUGUACAAUAAUGAUACUGAAUAAAAACAACUGCAAUUGUAUAUAAACCUUUAUACACUUGUAUAGAGACACUAAACAUAAAAUUGAUGUUAACUGUAUUUGGAAAAACAUUCCGAAUAAAUGUGUGAAAAAUUAUGAGUAUAGCAAGUGUAGAGUGUAAAUUCAUAGUGCUCAAAGUGUUUUCUCAUUUGGAUUCCAAAAGUCUAUUUAAAAAAUAUAGAACUAACUACAGGUUGAUCUUAUACAAAAAUAAAAAAUGUAUAUUUGUCACAUACACAGUAUAAUAUGCAGUGAAUUGCUUAUAUGACCCCCUGUGACCUAAAAUUUAAAAAGAAAAUGGAGUAUUAAAAAAAAAAUUAAAUAAGAGAAAAUUUGUCAGAAAUAUGUCUGAUUUUGUCCAGGUA